AUGGAUCAUGUACACAUUCGAUAAAUGGAUUCUGAUAUUGUAGCAUGAAAGUGUUCUACCAAGAAUGAACAAAUUAUUUUACUACGUCGAAUAACCAAUAAUUCUAAGGUUAAGCAUGGAAAGUUUCGGAGAGACUAGGCCUAACACAGAUAAUUAUAAUGAUGCUGAAAAUGGUCAAUUAAUUCAAAAACAAAAGAAAUCUACACCUGUUCCAGAUGGCAUUAAAAUUAUUGAUUGUCGACCUAUCUUUCGGCGAUUUGGUAUCCGAAAUUUACCAUUUCACUAUGUAUGGUUUGUGACAGAUGUGUGUGGUAUAGUGUGUGCUGUUUUAACAUGGCUGUUGAUUUUAUAUUCUCAAUAUGUAGUCAUGUUUAUCAUGUUGUUACCAAACCCUUCAAUGACCUACACCACAUUUCAUGCCACCAUCUUUUUCUUCUUCUCAUUUCUUGCCGCCUCUUCACAUCUACGUACAAUGUUUUCAGAUCCUGGUGCCAUACCGAAAGGUAAUGCUACUAGAGAAAAUAUAUUACGAUUAGGUUUAAAAGAAGGUCAAGUUGUGUAUAAAUGUCCUAAGUGUAUUAGUAUCAAACCAGAAAGAGCACAUCAUUGUAGUGUUUGUCAGAGGUGUAUUAGAAAAAUGGACCACCAUUGUCCGUGGGUAAAUAAUUGUGUUGGUGAAAACAACCAAAAAUAUUUCGUUUUAUUUACAUUUUAUAUUUGUUUUAUAUCUAUAUACUCAUUAUAUCUUUCCAUCAACCAUUUUGUUACAUGUCUAGGAAGAGAAUGGAAAGGUUGUUCCGGUGCUUCACCACCAGCUACAACAGUCUUUCUUAUAUUUCUGAUUUUUGAAGGUCUAUUAUUUGGUAUAUUUACAGCUAUUAUGUGUGCCACACAAUUAUCCUCUAUCUGUACAGAUGAAACAGCUAUAGAGCAAUUAAAAAAAGAACAAGCAACAUGGGAGAGAAAAUCUAAAUGGUUAAGUAUCAAAGCUGUAUUUGGACAUCCGUUCAGUUGGAGAUGGUUCUCUCCCUUUGAUCAACCAAAGUUUGUAUAUCCACAUUCUUACAUGUAUUCAGUUUGAUAGUAUAUUGUAAUAUACUACUGUUUCAACCGUCCUAAAUUUUAAACAGAUUUCUUCAAUUAUGAACAAACUACUUAAUUAUGGUUAUAAUAAAAUUGCCUAUGUGUUUGAUAUUACCUCCGGUUAAAUAAAAUCCAUUGUACAAUAAAAUAUCGCAAUGAAUAAAAAAAUUAUCUCUUGAAAAAUGGCCCCCUCACAAACUUUGACAUCGAGAAAUACAAAAAUGGAAACUAAUUAUGUCACUCAUCGGAAUAGAUCAUUUCAUACAAGGUGUUGGCAGCAAGGCGUGUCUAUUGAAAUGGUGUGUGACUCUUUUACGACAAUUCAAAUUUUUUGUAUGAAUAAGCUAUUACUCUCAGCCCCAGUAAUGAGUUUGGGCAUUUACACACAUAAAUAUGCCUGUAGUCCAUUAUUUUUUCUGUCUUGUUUAAUUAUUUGAUUAGUGGUGGGGUGGUUUUCUUUUGAAGACAUUUGCAGAUCAAAAAGAACGACAUUGGUUUUACAGACCUUGAAUUUCACCCUUGAAUAUCUUUAAUAGUUCUUGAUGAACAGUAAAUGCUGAUGUGUUUUUAUACACCCACAUUUUCAUGUUUGUGGACACUCUACAGGUCUCAAUUUUUAUCCAAUUUUAACGAAACUUAAAAUAUAGGUCUAUCUCCCAAAGAUCUAGGUUCCUUUCGAUAUUGGCAUGUAUCGGACCAUAAUUUCAUGGUUUAUGGCCCCUGAUUGUACGAAAAAUGUCGUUUUUAGCUUGUGGACACUCUAGAGGUCGCAAUUUUCAUCUGAUUUUGAUGAGACUUGAAAUGCAUGUUUAUAACCCAAAGAUCUUGGUUCCUUUCGAUAUUCACACAUAUCGGAUCGUAACUUCCUGAAUUAUGGCCCUUGAUGGUACGAAAAAUCACGUUUUUAGCUGGUGGUCCCUCUAGAGGUCACAAUUAUUAUUCAAUUUAAAAAAAAGUUCAAAUAUAUCACCAUUACACCAUAAUGGCUGUCCUUCGUACGCAAAUAGUGUAAACAUAUGGUGUAUCAAGGUUGUGGAACCCUCUAGAGGUCACAAUUUUGAGCUGAUUUUGAUGAAACUUUGAAAAACUUGUUUAUAGCCUAAUGAUCUUGGUUCCUUUCGAUAUUUGCGCAUAUCAGAUCAUAACUUUCUGAAUUGUGGCCGUUUGAAUAUAUCACCGUUACACCCUAAUGAAUGAUGAGACCAAAACUGCUGGACAAAAUGGCCGCCGCUUGUACACAAAUAGUGUAAAAAACUGUCCAAUCACGAUUUGGAGCAAUCUAAACACUCCUCUUGCAGUGUCACGGUCAAUUCUUGCAGUGUUGUCCAUUGAUGUUGACGAACACGUCUCCCGAUCAAUUUAAACGUAACACACUAAAGCAAAGAUACGCUAAACAGUAAAUCUUAUGCAAGAACCGAUAGGAAAGCAAACAUGGAUAGAUAAACCAGCACUCGGCAGUUUUCAUCAACCCUUCCUUGAAGUGUCAAAUUUGACAAUGAACCCCUCCCACAUGUAUGGCGCUAUUGCGUGUCGCAUGUGCGGUUCUGUUGGGGCGAUAAGUUCUUCAUCUGUGAACAUACUCUCAAAGCAUUUCAAAUGUCCAUGACUAUUUAUCAUAUGAAGAGUAUAUAAAAAUAUUUAGAGUUAAAGGGUGAUGAUGAUCAUGUGAUAAGUUGUAUAAGCAUUAUUAUAUUUACAAGCAUCUAUAUAAUCAGUUAUAUUAUUCAAUAUGAAUAAAAUUUAGUAGUCUGACAAUUAAUUGCUGUCUGUCAAUAUUUUUCGUUUCCAAAACUCAAACGAUCGAAAGAAUCACGCUUUGUUUUUACUGUAACACAUGCGAUUGUCAAAAUAUGUCACCCUUUAACAUCAUAUGCAAUGUUUUGAUAACUAUGUCGAAAAUACAAGCAAAAACAUUUGACUUUUCAAGAGAGAACUUUUUUAUUCCUUGGAAUAUUUAAUUGUAAAAUGUAUUUGAUUUAACCGGAGGUGCUUUCAAACACACAGGUAAGUUUAUAAAAGCCAUAAUUAGAAUGUUAACAAGAAAAAAAUCUGUUUAAAAUUUAGGAUUGUUAAGACAAUAGCUCUUAUAGAUACUGCUGUAAUAAUUCCACAAAAUAAAAACAAGAUUAUUAAUAUAAGAUGCAAAUAUUUAUGUAAACAAGUUGUAUUUUGAUAAUUUAAUAACAUAAUAUUUCUAGUAUAUUGUACAUAAUGUUAUUUGUAAAUAAUGUUGUUUGUUAUUGUUGUGAUGAUGUCUAUGUGAUAUAUUAUCAAAUGUAUAAUUUAAGAAAUAUAAUUAAAUAUAGAUAGAGAUAUACAAAACAAGAAGAUAUAGAUGCUAGUAAUUCAGUUAUUAUUUGAUUGUAAUUUCCUAUUUUAUAUAUUAGGAAAAUAAUAGCCUUAUAUGUUUAUGCAUGAAAAUUUAUUCAUAAGUUCAACAAAGAAUUAUUAAAUUGUUUUUAUUAAAUUUAUUUUUCUAUAAGCAUUCUGUAACUUGUUUAAUUCAUUAACUUAAGAUUUUGUUAUGGUUAUGUAGUAAAUCGUAGAGAAAUAGGAUUAAAGUACAGAAUUCUGGGGGUUAUUUCUAGGUUAAUAUAUAGUAUGGUACUUUUAAUUUUUUUCUAAAUGAUGCAUAUCCAAUUAUCAAUCAAAAUUAUUCCAAAAAUUAAAAAAUAUGUUUGUCCAAAAUAUAUUCAUCAAAACUAUAAAGAAUGACUAAACCUCUGAUCUAGAUAAAUGCUGGAUAUUGCCACUGCAGUCUCAAUACGAGACAUAUUGCGAUUCAGGAACUACAAUACGAUUCAUAUCACGGUUCAUAAUCAGGUCAAUAUUUACCAAGAAAACUACAGAAUAAAUGAAUAAUUGAUAUUUUUAGUCCUGACGAUGUCACUAUUCUGGAUCAAAAAUUAUAUUGUUGAUUUCAUUGAAUGUUGAAAAUGUCUAGAUUAAACCAUUGUUGUAAUUGAUUGUGUUUCUAUAUCGACAUGCUAAGCCAAAGCAAAAUUAAAAUUUGUAAUCAAAUGACGUUCAGUUUAAAGAUGCAUUAUUCAAGAGCUAAAUCUGCCUAUUGCAGGUCUUUCUUUAGGCCUUAAAUGUUACUAUCAUAACAACGGUAGCAAUGACAAUCAAUAGUCUGCUCUUCUCCAAACAGCCCUAACUAGCUUAGAAUGAAGUAAUUUGACUGAAAUUUUCAAGAUAUUCCCUUUUCAUUGUCUAGUUUUUAACUAUUAUAACCAGAACUGUCAGCUCUUUAUCUGAAUCUUACAUAAUGCAUCUUUAAUGUUUCAAAAUAAAAAUUUAACUGUAUAGAGUUUGUUUAGUCUAUAAUUAUGACCUAAAUGAGGUUUAGCACAAUUUGGAGUUUAUGUCUAUCACUGUCCCACCAUCGUAUCUUAAAUUGUCUAAUCUGGAUUGAUGUAUUUAUUUUUAUAUUUCUUCUUUACUAUUAAGUUCUUCAUGGUAUAAAGAUAUCAGAUUGGGAUUUUUUAGUUUAUUAUUUUCAUUUGUUUCUUAAUAAAAAUAAAUCAAAGGUAUCAAUGAACUAAAUAUUGAAUAAUUUACAUUCCAUCUAUUAUUGAAAUUACUGUUGUAGUAGAUUGUUGGAGUUUAUUAUAUAUCAGGAUUAAUUAUAAUACAGGCAAUAUUGUUUGCUGUUUUAUUAUGUAGUGAUUAAAUUUUAUUCAAGCUAGGUAAAUUCUACAUUGUGCAUUGUAAUUGUUAAUGGUCAAUAGUGUGCCAUGAAUUUAUUGCAAACUGUCAGCAAUCUUUCAGUGGUGUGUCAUUAAAAUUGUUGCCAGUUGGUUCAAAAUUCAAGAAACAUUUUAAAUUUGAUGUAUAAUAAUAUCAUGAUUUACUGUACUUGUUCCAGGCAAAUAUUCCGUCCCUUUGUUUGGUCUCUUGUAUAAUAAUGUGGUCAUAAAUUUAUGUCCCAUAGAUGUACGGUUUACUGUCUGUUUGUUAUAAAUAUAGCUAAUAUUAUAUCAGAUGCUCAUAAUAUCCAACUCACAAGUAGCUUGAAUUGCUGUUAGUCUGUGUAUAGAGAUGACAUGGUUUAAAUUUAGUCCUUUUUCUUCCAUUGAAAUAGUAAUGAAUAAAUAAAUUAAGACCAACUAGAGUGGAAAAUCAUUUAUGCAGUUGUCAUAAAUUUACUUAGUUUGGGUUACAUAUUUUUUAAUGACCAUCAGAAAUAUUUAACAGUAAAAAAUAAAAUUUAAGGAUUUAAUCCUGAAAUUAUUUUUAUGCUGGAAUAAAAUAUUUUCUUAGGUUGGGAUAUGUCAUAAUUAUUUAUUGUAUCUUUUCCAUUGCCAAUUAAUUUUGGCCAAGUGGAAUCUGGCAAUUCCACCUAUUGAUUUCUUAGUCCCAUAUCCAUCUUUGCUCCCACAGCUAAAGACCCAGAGCACAAGCCAAUUAUUGUUAAUGUAAUUUGCUUUAGAAUUAUUUAGCCAUUGCUAAAAGAAAUAUAAGUUGUGUUAAUUAUAAUUUAUGUAAAAUUCUAGGUUGUUAUUGAAUUAGAUGUCUCUAUAUAUAACUAAUAUUCAUUAUGAAGAUCUGACUUCAUGAUCAUUGCCUAUAAAAGUAUAUCAUUAACAAGCCUUCUCAUAUUGGUGAUAAAUACUUAUGAUGUGAAAAAUCUUGUAGAUACUAUUAUAGUAUAAUAAAAAUAUCAAAU